GUGGGUGGGGUGUUGGUGGAACAGGGGUGGUGCUGGCAUCUGAUUUCCCCUCACAUGUUACGGAAGUCUGGAGCACAUUUAAAACACAUGUUACUGCUUUUUGGCCGUGUGCGGUUUGGCAACUCCAGAGGAAAAGACACUGAUAAGGGAUUUAACAGUUAGGGGAUGGGAUCACUUAAGAUAUUGACAUUUAAAAAAAAAAGAAAAAGAAAAAAAGACUGGAACAAAAAGGCAAAUAAAAAGGCGUGCUUUGAGGCAGCAAGACCAGUGGUACAGAAGCUAGUCAGGCAUACUAGUUUCUCAUAGAUCCUUCAGAAUUAGCCCACAUCUUAGUGGAAGGAAUUGUGUGGCUGUUUUUGCACCUCAGGGCCUUUUUACACGGACAAACCACAGUAGGAUCUGGAGAACUGAGGAUUCACCAAAAGGAAGUUUAACAUACAGAUCUUGUAACCACUAAAAUUAAGGGCUGUUAGCAGCUUUUUUUCAGGAGGUGGGUAUAUAAAGAAGAAACAGAGGAAUUUGUUCAGAUCAUCUAGCUGAAAUAUUCCACAGGCCUUCAAUCCAUUCUGACGUAAGAGAUGUCCUGAUAAGUCCUCAAGGGAAUCUUGACUUUUUCUGAAGUAAUUUUUAGCUUCUGACUCCUAGUAGCUUCAUUAUUUAACUGGACACCUCAGGUUCUGCAUCAAAGCUACUGCUGUAAGAGGUGCCUGUUUUAAAGCAUCUUUAACCUUCUUCAUUUGGCUCGUGGGCAUCUGGGUUGCUGUGACAAGUUACGCCUGGUUUAUACACACACACACACACACACACACACACACACACACACACACACACACACACACACACAGUCUCACACUCUCACACUCUUUACUGUGCAGCUGGAGGAUCAAGAGUUUGUGUUGCACAUACCUGCACUGAGAACAGUGUGUGUGUGGUCUGAGGGACUCCGCUGUUCUGGGAAACCGAGUCAAGAGGGGCAGCCAGCUCUAAGUGCUUUCUGCCAGAAGGAAAAAGGAGAUAGUUCAUACUGCUGACUGCUUCUCAGAGACCGCAAACAUAGCCAAGGCAUAAUGAUGACGAUGAAACGGACUCUGUGCAGAAUCUCCUGCUUGGUGACUCUGGUGGUGGAGCUGAGCUGGAUAAACGUGGGCCACAGCAUGCACAGAGAGGGAGGAAGCAGGGGAAUGAAGCAGUGGGAGAGGAAGGUGCGGUCAGCCUCCAGCUUAGAUGAGCUGCUGAUGCUUGCAGACUUUCCUGAUUGGAAGUUGUGGAAGUGUCGUCUGAGACUGCAGCAGCCAGAGACCCUCUCUUCUCCACCUUCAGUUGGCUCGCACCGCUCUACACGCUAUGCUGCCGAAUCGUACAGCCUGGAGAUUCUUAAAGCCAUAGAUGAAGAAUGGCAGCGGACUCAAUGCAUGCCAAGGGAAACAUGUGUCGAUGUGGCCAAGGAGCUGGGGACCGACCCCUCAAUGUUUUUCAAGCCACCAUGUGUCUCAAUCCACAGGUGCAGUGGCUGCUGCAAUCAAGAGGGAGUCACCUGCAGAAACACAUCUACAGUAUAUGUAAAUAAAACUGUCCUUAGUGUCAUUCCAUUUAAGUUUGUACCAGAGCCUGUGCUAAUACGAGUAGCUAAUCAUACAGAGUGCAGGUGCAUGGAGCCCGCCAUAAUACGACGUAAUGCUCAAACUCACAGGAGCAGUGGCUGCUCUCCAAUGGGCCAGCUGUCAGAGACACAUGACUCCAGAAGACUUUGUGCCAGUGGGUUAAUUUGGGAUUGUUCAACUGACCGAUGCGUACCUUACCCUUCCAGUACACCAGAGUCUCCACUCAGUUCAUUGAUGCCCGACUGUGAGAUAGACGUUGAGCGCUGUGACUGUCUUCUGAGACCUGGGCCAACGCUGGAACCAAGACCCAUCCAACGCUGUCACCUCAACUCCUCCAUCUGUGCCCACAGGCAUCAACAUUUUGAUCAAUCCUCCUGCAGAUGCAAAUGGCCCAACUAGAACUCUGAAGAAAUAAAUGACGACAACCUGCUCGCAAAGGAUGUUUGGAGGAAGA